CCCCAUCAUUUCUCAUGUAAUUUUUGCCUAACUAACGCGUUCCUUUUGGCCUUUUUUAUUUUUAUUUGCUAGUAUUUAGCCUUCUAUAAUUGACUAUUACAUUCUUCAUAUAAAUAACUUAGGAUCCCCUCUCAAUCUCUUUAACCAACUACACAACUGUUUUCCUUUCAAAACACACGCACCUCUUCUCUUAAUUUCCAAUAACGCUAUCAUCUUUUGUUCUUUGCAAAUCACCAUGGGAAAUUACGUGUCCUGCACUUUGGCCACCCCUUUAAUCAAAAGCGGUAAAGCUGCAAGGGUGAUCCUUCCCGGCGGCGAAAUCCGGCAAUUCCGGGAAUCCGUAAAGGCUGCCGAGCUUAUGUUGGAGUGUCCCAAUUUUUUCCUCACUAAUUCCCAGUCUCUUCACAUAGGCAAGAGAUUUUCAGCUCUGACCGCCGAUGAAGAAUUGGAGCUGGGCAACGUUUUCCUCAUGUUCCCGAUGAAGAGACUCAAUUCCGUGAUCACCGCAGCCGAUAUGGCUAUACUUUUCAUGGCGGCGAACUCUUCAGCCAAGAGAAUAUCAAGUGGAAAAGUGAGGGUUUUACCGGAGACCGGAAACGUUGAAGAAGAGCAAGAAAAGUCGAUGGGAGGAUCAAGGUUGAGCUUAGAAGGGGUUGAAGAAUUCAAGCAUAGGUUAUCUGUUUGUAGGUCAAGAAAACCUUCAUUGGAAACAAUUAAAGAAGAACCUGUUUGCUCAAGGUGAAUAUUAGACCAUGUUUUGGGUCAGUUAAUACAAAGAUAACUCUUUCUUUUCUUGUUUCGUUCUAUUUGCUAAUAUAUUUUCAGCAGAUAGAAUUCUUUUUCUUUUCAUUUUUGAUUUGAGAGCAUCUGUAAUAUGACUAACAUAUAAUGUGAAAAUUUAUCCAUGAAAAAGUAAGAUUUUCAGUGAA